CCCUGAAGGUACUGCGCCCAUUCCUCGGCGCCCCUGGACCAAUGAAGUCUCACUAAAGAGGCACUUCCGAGCUAUAGGACUGCGUCUGGGCGGCUUUUCCGGCGUCUGCCGUGGUCAUUUUGUAAACUCGGAUGUGUUCGAAGGUGGGGAAGUUCGCAACGCAGGGCCGGCCGGAGGUCAGGGAGCCCGGAAGGCGCUGUGCCUGCUGCUCUGAGCUUGGUCUGAGGCUCGGCGUGGUUGCCCUCUGGCCUGACUCUCUCUCGGGGCCGGGAGGGGCGCCUGUGCUCGGGCCCCACCUUCGCCCACAAACUCCUCUAGCGACGGCGACAGUGCAGAUGUGUCGGAUUCAGGGCCCUGUGACCUUUGAGGACGUGGCUGUGUACUUUUCCCAGGAGGAAUGGAAGCUUCUUGAUGAGGCCCAGAGACUCCUGUACCGCGAUGUGUUGCUGGAGACCUUUGCACUUGUUGCAUCAUUGGGUUGUUGGCAUGGAGCAGAGCACAAGGAGAUAACUUCUGAGCAUAAUGUUUCUGUAGAAGUGCCACGAAUAAAUACUUCAAAGACAGACCUGUCCAUCUGGAAGUCCUAUCCCUGGGAGAGGUGCUGCCUGGCCUUAGACAGUAGUUUGUGUGUAGCUGAAGACCUGGGAACAAUUCCUGGCCAGAAACUAUGUGUGUCAGGUGUGAAAUUUCACCAGCACAGUGGAGGGAAACUCUUUAAAAGAGACAUGGGUAAGGCCUUUAUGAGGAGCCACAUAGUCCAUGCAUCCAAGAACUCUUUCACAUGCCAGGAGGCUGGGAAGGAUUUCCCUGGUAGCUCUAGCCUUCUCCAGCACCAGGUCACUCCACAAAAGGACGCCAAGUAUGCAGAGGCCUUUCACAAUGGACAUAGCCUCUAUAAAUACUAUGUAUGUGAGAAAGCCUUCAGCUGGAAACACAAACUGGCUCAUCACCCGAGUGUCCACACUGGAAAGAGGCCUUAUGAAUGCAGUGAAUGUGGGAAAACCUUCAGCUUUAAAGGGAUACUUCUUAAGCACCAGAGAAUCCACACUGGAGAAAGGCCUUAUGAGUGCUGUGAGUGUGGGAAAGCCUUCAGCUGGAAAAGCUCGCUCAUUCAGCACCAGAGAGUCCACACCAGAGAAUGGCCUUAUAAGUGUAGCGAAUGUGGGAAAGCCUACAAACACAAAAAUUCACUUGUUAAGCACCAGAGAGUCCACACUGGAGAAUGGCCUUAUAAGUGCAGUGAAUGUGGGAAAGCCUUCAGACACAAAAAGUCACUUGUUCACCAGAGAGUCCACACUGGAGAAUGGCCUUAUAAGUGCAGUGAAUGUGGGAAAGCUUUCAGACACAAAAAGUCACUUGUUCAGCACCAGAGACUCCAUGUUGGAGAACUGCUUUAUAAGUGCUGUGAAUGUGGGAAAGCCUUUAUUUCUAAAGUAAACCUUUUUCGGCACCAGAGAGUCCACACUGGAGAAAGACCUUAUGAAUGCAGUGAAUGUGGGAAAACCUUCAUUUAUAAAGACAGUCUCGUUCGGCACUGGAGAGUCCACACUGGAGAAAGGCCUUAUGAGUGCAGUGAAUGUGGAAAAGCCUUUAGUCGCAAAGACUCACUUGUUAAGCACCAGAGAGUCCACAAUGGAAAGUAGCCUUAUAAGUGUAUUGAAUGUGGGAAAACAUUUUUUUUUUAAUAUUUAUUGAUUGGUUGAUUGAUUUAGCUGUGCUGGGUCUUAGUUGCGGCACCUGGGAUCUUUGAUCUUUGUUGCAGCAUGCAGGAUCUUUAGUUGCGGCAUCUUUAGUUGAAGCCCCUGGGAAAACUUUUAAAUAGCAACCCACUCACACUUGUUUGGCACCAGUGAAUUCACAUUGGAGAAAGGCCUUAUGAGCGCAGUGAAAGGAGAAGUUCUUUAGCCAAAGCUCCAACCUUAUUGUACACCAGAGAAUUCACACUGGAGCAAAGACUUAUAAGGGCAGUGAGUGUGGGAAGUGAUUUAGCCAAACUACUCUCGUUUUGCACAAGAGAGUUUACAGUGGGGAAAGGCCUUAUAAGUGCAUUGAAUAUGGGAAACAUUUUAGUCAAUACUCCACUGUCAUUAAGCACCAGAGUUCACACUGGAGAAAAACCAUAUGAGUGCACUGUAUGUGGAGGAUUCUUCAGCCAAAACUCCCAACUUACUCAACACCAAAAAGCUCAUGCUACAGAAAGGCAUCACCAGUACAGCAAAUGUGGAACAUUUUUCUGUCAGAGUCUGCUCUGACUGAGCACCAGAAACUUAACAGGCCAGAUGGAUCCUGUGAGCACAGUGAACGUAAGAAAGCUUUCAGCAGAAGGUCUAACCUCAUUCGUCACCAGAAACUUCCUACUGGAGAAAGGCCUUCAAAUGAGAUGAGGAGAGCUUUGAAUGAGCUGUCUCCUUAGUUAGUACAUCAUACUGAAUAGGCUCUGUGAGGGAGUCAUCAACUGGAAGUUGAAUGCCCUACAUCUAAACAGCCCUAGUGUGCAGAUUGCCUGUGAGUACCAGGUUCAUAGGAAGCUUUUAAAGAGCUAUGCUCUACUUCUAACCUGUGCAGGGCCCUUGCCAUACUUAAUGUCACUGUGAGUUUCUUAUCUCUAAGAAAGAUCCCAAUACUGGGAAUCAGUCAUCUCAGUGUGAUCAGGGUAGGUCAGCUUUUGUGCUCUCCUAUCCCUUGUAGAAAAGCAUGGAGACCCUGAGCACUUGGGUUUUGUCAUUCUCUUAGUUCCUGUCAACUGCCUAUGACAGGACCAAAGCAGCUUUGAUCAUGGGGAUCCUGUCCAGUUUCUCCUGGUGGCUCACAGUGGUUUGCCUUCUUUGGUGGCAUUGUCUAAUACCAUGCUAAUGGUGGAUUUUAUUUAAGUCCAAGUCACCCUGUUUGGGAAUUAUCUGCCUCCGUUUUUCUGCUCUAUGCCAUAAUAAAGACUAUUAUUUAAGCCACCUUUCAUCUUGGGGUUUGUUCACUGUUAGACUGAUGUUGAGAACCAAAUUGGACUGUCAGGAUGAAGAGGAACAGGUUUUGUGGGUGUUCCAAAGUUUGUAUACCUCACUGUGGAUAGUAUCAUGGCGGAGAAUAGUUUCCACUAAUUUGAAUUGUUGUUGAAGGCCUCCUGGGGUAGACUGCAGGGCUCUGUGGGACUAAUGUUGUGACCUGGAUGUCAGAAGUUUUGGUGGGCACCAAGAUCACCCUGCGAUGAGGACAGUUGUGAGAACCACCAGUGAUUUUUGGAGCAGUAUGAAUGGUUCUCUUUUUCACAUGGGAUGUCACAUCAUGCCUCCAGUACUGUUCAAGAGAAGAAGUUCUCUAGGUCCAGCUGGAAAAGAGCCGUGUGCCAUUAUGUCCACGUGUGCUAUGAUGUCCGCAAUGUGGUAGCUGGUGUUCCUGAGUGUUAGAUUACAGAUAUCAGGAAGGAACCAUAUUUGGUACAGAAACACUCUGGGAAUUAAUAGGGUGUGAGAGACUAGCAACAAGAAGGGAUGAGCCUUUUCUAAAGCUGCAUCCACGAAUGUUCCCAUGACUAUGGCUGUUUAGGAUAAGGUUUUUGCAGAAAUUCUCAGGAGCUACAGAGCUAUUUCUCUCCCCUGAGCCCCCAGUCUGUGUCAGACUGAAUAACGUAAAGGUUGUAGGAUUCCCGUAGCGUCUGCAAAUUUUUUAUCUGAAGCCCAUUGCUGCACAGUGAAAACAAUGGGGAAUGAGAGUAGAAAUCAUGUAGUUCAGGCAUGUGAAUUUUAGAACCCAGGCAGAGUUCCUGGAUAGCUUAAGUGGAAACACGUUUUAUUGCUCGCCAGUCUUCAUUGCUGCUGUGACAGAAUCCCCUCAUGAGAGUAGGAGAGGUGAUGGAAUUGAGCUGUGGUUGCCACAGUUCUACUGAAAAGAGAUUCAGAAAAGAGGUUCAGAUUUUUAUGUGAAACCAAUUCCUAUUAAAAUUUAGUUGAGCUGUAUAGUUUGUGUGCAUUGAAAUAAACAUACCUAAAAUGUACAGCUUGGUAAAUUUUAAUACUUCUAAAGCCGUGGAAUCAUCAUCAUAAUAACAAACAUCCAUCAUUCCCAUAUCAACUUCUGACAUCUCUCCCAGGGCUCUCAGGUAGCUAGUAUUGAUUUACUUUUUUUUUUUUUUUUUCCAGCUAUGCUGCACAGUUUGCGUGAUCUUAGUUCCCCAACCAGGGAUUACACCUUGGCUGUGGCAGUGAAAGCACAGAUUUCCAAUCCCUGGACUGCCAGAGAAGUCCUUUGAUUUACUUUUUUCCCAUUCAAUUAGCUAGUGUUUUCUAGACUUUUAAUAUCACUGUGAUCUUAAUGUUUACUUUUGUAUUUGUUUUCUUCUUUCACAAUGCAUAAUUAUAUUGAGAAUCAUCUAAUUUGUCUCCAUGAAGAGACCAUUUUUUUAAUAUCUGAAAAAUGUACUGUUUAGAUAUACCACAAUUUGACUGUUUAUCCAUCUCUCUGUUAAAGGAUGAGGUUUUGUGGUUUGUUUCCAGUUUGGCUAUCACAGAUAAGCUUACUAUGAACGUGUACAUAAAAUUCUUUAUAUGAACAUAGGGAUUCGUAUUCUAAAGUGAAUGACUGUACCCAUUUGCAUUCCCAUCGACAGUAUGGGAGCAUUCCAGUUCCCCUAUAUUCCUCACCAGAACUAGGUUGGUAUGGUCAGUAUUUUUAAUAUUAUCUGUUUUUAAAGUGUGGAGAUGUAUCUCACUGUGAUCUGAUUGCAUUUCCCUAGUGAUUCAUGAUGUUGAACAUUUUUGUGUUCAUUUGCCAGGUGUAUGUCUUCUUUUUAGUAAGUAAGAAGACAAUAAAUGUGUUGGAACUUGACUUUUCUUCAGUGACUUUGCUGGGUGGAAUAAAUGUUUCUAUUCACGACAUUACUCACCAUGUGUAGUCCUCAUUAUUAGCAUAGUCUCCAUUACUUUAAGUCUAGACAGUUAGUAAAAAGAAAAAAAACCCAGCCAACCCUUGAUUGUUGCGUUUGCCAGUUUCCCUGGUAUAAAUGCUCCAACUCUGGGCAGUUUCAAGCUGUUAAUAUGAGGUUUUUACCAAACCAGAGUCAGAGCAAGCCAAGUGAAACCUCUGAGCUUCCCACAGUGAGACCAUGGGUAAUGCUUCCUUUCCUGGUUUCCUGGCAUGUGUGUCGUUGCUGCCAGGGCUGGGCUCUGUGCACUGUAUUCCUUCUCUCCCAGCAGUCCCAUCCCUGCUGCUCUGAGGUCUUGUAAGACAGGGCUCAGGAGUCAGAAAUCUUGAUGUUUGUGUGAAAGAUCCCACCAGCCUUCCCUGUCCGUGGUUGGGUGACUCUGUCCAGCAGCAUGGAACCUCGGUGUCCCAGGCCUUCCACUGUCUUUUGCUGACAGAAUUUGGGGCCUGCUUAUGCCAGGAUGUUCACAUGCUGACCUGGUCACUACUUGAGGAGACCACUGGCUUGUUUCUUUUAAGACCUUCCUUUAAUGUCCUUAUAAUUUUAGAAUGUGUGAUCUCAUGGGACGGGGCCCACUCCCUUUCCCUGUUUUUCUUCUUUGACUGGCCUCCUCAGGCCCAGGUGGUUGCUCACCUUGAGCAAUAGGAGGGCCCUGGGUGCCUGAGAGGGUGGAUGUUUUUCCUGUAGCAUCAAGGGAGGCUGAAAGGAAUGUGGCCCUUGUGUAUGGGGGUGAGGAAAUGGUGAGGUAUCAGAGCUGGGUUCCCAUCACACCAGGCCUGUGUCCUAUAUCCACCAGUGUGUGGUACCAGCGACAGAGUCCAAGAGUUUCUACCUUUACUUUCCUGUUGAUGUUUUUUGUUUUGUUUUGUUUUAUAAGUUUAUUUUAUUUUACUUAUUUUUGGCUGUGUUGUGUCUUCGCUGCUGCGUGCGGGCUUUCUCUAGUUGCGGUGAGUGGGGGCUACUCUUCGUUGCAAUGCACAGGCUUCGCAUUGUGGUGGCUUCUCAUUGCAGAGCAUGGGCUCUAGGCACGCAGGCUUCAGUAGUUGUGGCAUGCGGGCUCAGUAGUUGUGGCUCACGGGCUCUAGAGCACAGGCUCAGUAGUUGUGGCGCAUGGGCUUAGUUGCUCCGCGGCAUGUGGGAUCUUCCCGGACCAGGGAUCGAACCCGUGUCCCCUGCAUUGACAGGCAGGUUCUCAACCACUGCACCACCAGGGAAGUCCGCUGUUGAUGUUUUGACUCUUCACUUCUGGCUCUGGUUCUCACCCAUUCCCUUCCACUGCUCCCUUUGCAGUGCUGUCAACAUUGACCUGCACUUAAAGUGUUGGGAUAUGUGCAUGUGUCCUUAAAUACUCCUUGUAGCCCAGCUGCUGUGAUGCAUUCAGACAUUCUGGGUCUGGACACCGCCUUCUACUCAUUGCUCACCAGUCACCAGUAGCCAGGCUUUGUUGAAAGGUAAGUUGAAGACCCUUCCUCGUGUUCUUACCCAUCGUCUGUGCUCUGCCAUCAGAUGAGCUUCUCAGGCUCAGCUUUGCACAGCAGGCCUUCCUCACACAGGCUCUGGCCCCACGCAUCUCAGCAAUCUUAAGGACUUACUGCUGAGUGUGUCUGAGACACAUUUCUGCUGGGGCCACGUUUAUUGGCAUCUCUCUCCUUCCAGCUUGUCGACACGGAGCCCAGGAUGAGGAGGCGCUUUCAGAGCAAGGUGAUGCAGUUAUAGAGUCACAGGUCAAGACUCCAAAGCCAGGUCCAUCCAUCCAGAAGUCUCAUUCUUUUUUUUUUUUAAUUAAUUAAUUUAUCUUUUUAUUUUUGGCUGCAUCGGGUAUUCGUUGCUGCGCAUGGGCUGUCUCUAGUUGCAACACUCAGGGGCUACUCUUCAUUGUGGUGGCUUCUCUUGUUGUGGAGCAUGGGCUCUAGGCACAUGGGCUUCAUUAGUUGUGGCAUCCGGGCUCAGUAGUUGUGGCUCGUGGGCUUAGUGGCUCCACGGCAUGUGGGAUCUUCCUGGACCAGGGCUUGAACCCAUGUCCCCUGCAUUAGCAGGCGGAUUCUUAACCACUGCAUCCCUAGGGAAGUCCCAGAAGUCUCAUUCUUAAUGUGAUGUGUGGCCCACUCUUGAAAGACAUUUUGCGCCUGGCUGAGUAUGAUGGGACACACCCCGAGCAAGAGGUGUAAAUGUGUGUGGUGAGUCUUUCCCAGCACCAAAAGGAGCCGAGUAGGAAGAAACUCCCCAGAUGGGAUGAAGGGAGGACUUCAUUGGUGAAGAACUGCAGCCUUCAUGUGGCAGAAAGGACCUUGACGUGCUGAACAGGAGAGAAGGACUUUCCGGCCAGUUCAGGCCUUCUCCAGAACCAGGCCCCUCACAUGAGGGAAGCCACACAGCGACAUGGGGGGCAGGGAGACCUUUGAAAGUGGACAGAAUGAUUACAAGUGCAGUGAAUGUGGUAAAACCUUUAGCCAUGAACACAUACUUGUUGAGCACCAGAAAAACCAUUGCAGCGAAAGUGGGAAGACUUUCAUCAGACCGUUCCACGUGGUUCAGCACCAGAAAAUCCACAUUGAAACGAGGCUAUAUGAGCACCUUGGAUGUGGAGGGUUCUUUACACAAAGAUCUGGCUUCAUUGAACACCAGAGAGCUCACACUAGGCCAAUGCCUUAUGAGUGCAGCCAGUGUGGGAAGUGCGUUAAAAGACCACUUCACGCUCGUUCAUCAGAGAGUUCACAUGGGAGAAAAGCCAUAUAAACGCAGUGAAUGUGGGAAAAGUCUGAUUUAGCACGGGGAAGUACUGCUCUGCAGGUGUUUAAAUUUUUUUUAAUUGUGAUUAAAUGCCUGUAACAUAGCAUUUACAGUCUUAACCAUAUUUAACUGUAAGUUCAUCAGUAAUAAUACAUUCACCUUUUGUGCAAAUAUUCAGAAGUCUUUUCAUCUUAUAAAACUGAAACUAAAUCCAUUAGACAGCAACUCCUCAUCCCCCUUCUCUUAUCCCCUGACAACAGCUAUUCUACUUUCUGUCUAUGAAUUUGUCCACUCUGGGUACCUUACAUAAGAGUCAUAAAGUUUUUCUCCUCUUGUGGCUGGCUUAUUUCACUGAAGACAAUGUCCUCAAGGUUCAUCUGCGUCCUAGCAUGUGUCAGAAUUUCCGCCCUUUUUGAGUGAGUAGUACUCCAUUUUAUGUAUAUGCUACUUUUUCUGUAUCCCUUCAUCAGUGGGGUCUUAGGUUGCUUUCACUAUUUGGCUAUUGCGUAUAAUGCUGUUGUAAGCACAAUUGCACAAAUGUUUCUUUGAGGCCCUGGUUUCUGUCCUUUUUAUGUAUGUUUCCAGAUGUAGAAUUGUUGGAUCAUUAUUUCAAUAUGUAAAUUUCUUGAGGAACUGAGGGGCUGUUUCCAUAGUAGCUGUACCAUUUUACACCAGUACAGCUUGAAGCUUAUAUCAUGUAAGGUGCAGGUGCAACUUCAUUCUUUUAUGUAUGGAUAUCUAGUUUUUUCAACACCACCUGCUGAAAAAACUCAUUUCUCUUUGAAUGGUCUCUGCACCCUUUUAAAACAUCUGAGCAUGUAUGUGAAGGUUUGUUUCUGUGCUUUUAUUCCAUUCUCCUAUAUGUGUGUGUAUGUCAAUACCACAGCAUUUUGAUAUAUACUUUUUAAGUUUUUGAAAGUGGUUUGACUCAGUUUUGAAGCCCUGGCAGGAGAAGGACUGUCCUUUCCCCUUCUAGAACAGCUGAUGAAGCCCACAACCCCAACCAAUUUCCUUAUCAGGCUCUCAUACUCUGGACUACCAGACACCAAGGUGUCAGACAUUUAGUGAUAGCCCCUAUGUUCUGGAACCCAUACAAUUGUUCAAAAUAGGCAAGCCACAGAAAGCUCAUGAAACCUAGCUAAUCCCAUCACUCUUGCCACAUAUAAACUGCCCACCACAGCUCCAGCUUGCUGUUAAUCCUGUCCCUGGGCUCAGCCCUCUUUGUUGCCCUGUCUAAUGUCUUUCUCUCAUUCUGAGCUGUAAGUAACAAACAGUUCUGUCUUUCAUGUAUCCCAGUGUCAUUGUGCUAUGUGUUCCACCAUCAAGAACCUUUUGAUCUUACAGAACAACUCCACACCCAGCAGGGUAUUAUGAGUAUGGCAGAUGUUGGACAGUCUUUAGCCACUAGUCUGUCUCCAUUCGGCACCAGGAAGCUCACACUGGAGAAAGACGUUACACGUGCAGCCACUGUGCUCUUGGCUUUUUAACAUAAUAACAGAUGAAAGUUCUGGAGAUUAGCCCCUGCGAGGGAGAUAACCCCCAGAAACUGCAUCUCGUACAUCCGGACAUCCUCACUAGGGAGAUUCACGGUAAGGGCCAGGUUUGUGGGAAACUGGUGAACUCUUUUGCACUUUCCGACCUGCCUGGGGCUGUCACUGGAGUUCUGUCACUGCCCAUGUGUAUUAUAGAAGCCACUCUCCUGAUAUUAGCUGGCAGGGAGUAUGGUCACUAUAGUUAGUAAUACUGUAUUGCAUGUUUGAAACUUGCUAAGAGUAAAUCAUAAAAGUUCUCAACAUAAAAAACUUAUGUAACUAUGAGGAAAACGUGAAGUGGACCUAUUGUGGUGAUCAUUUUGCAGUAUAAACCAAUACUGAAUCAUUAUGUUAUACAUCUGAAACUAAUAAAUGUUAUAUGUUAAUUAUAUCUCAAUUUUUUUAGAAAGCAGGGAGAACAGGUUGCUGUAGUCUCUUGCUUUUUCUGGAGUAUUCGCCAGCCAUUUGAGCCCUUUGGUGAGACCUCAUGCCCACCCCUUUGAUUUGUUCAGGUGUGGACAUCACCCACUUUGGACAGAGGACUCCAUCUGCUGUUGGCUGGCGGCUUACAGAGGUUUCUCUUGUUUCAGGGUCAUUAUUGAUUGUCUUAUAACAUUCUUGACAGAUUUUUUCGAGCCUCCAUUUUACCCACCCUAGUAACUGCUGGCUCACCUUGCUGGUUUUUGCAGUAAAGUUAUUAUUGGGUGUUUUUCUUUGUUUUUUUCUUUUUUAUUGAAGUACAGUUGAUUUGCAAUGUUGUGUUUAUUACUGGUAUACAGCAAAGUGAUUCAGAUAUAUGUAUAUUUUUUUCAAAUAUUUUUUUCCACAUGGUUUAUCAUAGGAUUUUUUUUAAUAAAUAAAUAAAUUUAUUUAUUUAUUUA